AUGUUGAAAUCAAUCGUUUGCUUCUGUUUUUUUGCCUUAGUGGCAACUAAUGCUGUUCAACUCGAAUUAAAUGAUAAAAUCCGUCAUUUUUUAGCUGAAGUUAAAAGCUCUGAUUUACCUGAAUCAGUUCGAUUAUCAUUAAAUCGUAAUCAAGGUCGUGCUGCUGGUGAAGCUACACAUUGGUGUUGUAUUAAUGAACAACCAAUACAAUCAGUAACUGGAACAAAAGUUGAACAUGGUACAAAAGUUGUUAUGACAAAAGUCAUAGUUGGUUAUGUUGAUUGUGGUUUUAUGGGAACGAUGAAAUGUCCCCACCAUGUCAUGCAAUCUAGAGUCGAAAUAUACACAUACAUUCAAACAUUUCAAGUUCCUCAUUUUUCUGCAUGUAAAUCUGAGGAAAUCAAAUGUUGUUCCGGUUAUAUGAAUGUUGCUGGUAAUUGUCAUUCAACUGCUGAAUUAGUUGAAAAUCAAGAAUUGAUUCAAUUUUUACACGGUCUUGGUUUAUUAUUCGGAGGUGUCGGAAAAUAA